CCGCCACUCGCCGCCGUCAUCCUUUCAUAACGGUCCGGUUUUUCGACUGUCCAUUGCGAAUGAUCAGAAUCCUUUCUUACGAUCAUGUUUAAACCCACUCAAUGCCUCCAGGCGCGCCUGCGUCUGACUACCAAACAAGUCGGCCCCGGCUAUUACAAGGGUAACCGCACGGGGUCCAUGGGUUUUUUCGGUCGGAAGAAGGGCAGAUACGUGAUCGAUUGGACGAAAGUGCGAACAUACGUUGUCCCCGAAGGCCUCACCGAAUUCAAGCUUACACCUUUCGUGACCCGACGCAUGGAGCCGACACGGAGUAUCUACACAAAGAGGUUGCAAUUGCCCAGUGGCAAAGAAGUAAAUGCCCAAAGAGCAUACGACGGGAAGGAUUUUUUGCAAGAGUGGGUGGAAGAGAAUGACGAGGAGGUUGCAGAACUCAAGCGGCGAGAGGAAGAAUUCAACGAACAGUCGAAUGCCGAGAAGGAGAAGUGAGCGGGUGAUAAUCCGUCUAUACCUCCGAGUCAACAUUCCUUUCCGCGUCGCGAGAGAAAAUGCCCGACUCUUCCCGGCUCAAUGAAGCGUCCUCGACGGUCAUUUCCGAAGUCGACGACACUUCUCUUAACCUCACUUUGUACAGUAAAAACGGUCAUUGAGUGCAUAUGGCGAAAAUUAGCGUUUGUGGAUAUAUUAUCAUGGGUCUUGGUUAUGGCGCCUUGUGAUGGGUAGUUUUUUAGUCAAAUGAAGACAUGUUCCUAACC